ACUCAUACAGGAUUUCAUGCAAAUAACUGGACAAAUCCUACGAUAACCUAUACUCGCGUGACUGUCGAAGAUCUCUUUGCAUCAAGUACAGUAACUACAAAAAUGCCUGUGACAUGGCCGUCUUCCAUGCGCUCGUCACAACUCAACCCUAACGCGAACCCAUUCCAGCCUGCCUAUCAGCGUCCACAGACACUCCCUCCACCUCAACGCUCUCAGCCAACAGAAACAGCUCUGCUAGCCGCUAAAAGCGCAGUGAACCUCAAGCCGACAGCAACUCAAAACACAAGCACAACCAGCAGCGAAACUCUCCCAAGCACUCUCGCAAAUCGCAACCUGCCUCAGAACACAUACGUGAGCAGAGGCACGAUGUACUUCGGGCAAACAACUACGCCUUCGUUGGUCGAAGAAGGAGACGAGGUGUGCUACUCGGGUAUUUUAUUUGCUCUAAGAAAUGAAUAUUAUCAUAAGGACGCUUAUUUGCAAGCAAAAUACUUGAUACCAGCCAGGACUCGAACUGUACAUACCUGA